AGCAAUUCAUCCAUUUAGCCUUGUGCAACCACUGGGCUCUCGUUAAAGACUAACCAUCUGUAAGCAACUCGUGGUGUCAGGACAGGCAGGAGAGGGACUCCCUGCCUCGGCCCUGAGGGUCGGUGGCCUCUCUGGGCUGACCACCGGUCCCCCCGUGGCCACUGCCUUCCCAGUCACUUCAACCCCCACGGCCCUACUGACCCCACGGCGGGCGUUGGGACUAGAGCCAGAAGAGCCUCUCUUUAGAAACGGGGAGUUCUCUACAGACUUCCUGGUUCUCACUGGGCAGCUGCGAAGAACUGAGACACAUUCAUGCUGCCUCAAGGCCAAAGAGGUUAUUGCGCUUCUGGACCCUCCUCCUCCUGACCCUGCUCCUGCUCCUGCUGGUUGGCCUCCUGCAUGUGGAUGUGGAAAUGCUCACACCCCUACUCUGGGGCCAGACUGAGGGGCUGCCCGUCACCAACAUCAUGUUUCUCAAGACGCACAAGACCGCCAGCAGCACGGUGCUCAACAUCCUCUUCCGUUUUGCUGAGAGGCACAACCUGUCGGUGGCGCUGCCAGUCGGCUCGCGCUUCCACCUGGGCUACCCCUGGCUCUUCCUGGCGCGCUACGUGGAGGGCAUGGAGCAGGAUGGCCCACAGCGGCACUUCAACAUCAUGUGCAACCACCUGAGGUUUAACCUGCCCGAGGUGUGGCUGGGGGCGUGCCCUCUGCAGGUGCAGAAAGUGAUGCCCAACGACACUCUAUACUUUUCCAUCCUCAGAAACCCCAUCUUCCAGCUGGAGUCCUCCUUCACCUACUACAGACGCGACGCGCCCGCCUUCAGGGCCGCCCCGAGCCUGGACGCCUUCCUGGCGGCCCCGCACACCUACUACAACCAGAACCUGAGCAACGCUUACGCCCGGAACCACAUGUGGUUCGACCUGGGCUUCGACCCCAACGCGCCGGUGGAGGAGAGCUACGUCCGCGCGCGCCUGGCCGAGGUGGAGCAGCGCUUCCAGCUGGUGCUCAUCGCCGAGCACUUCGACGAGUCCAUGGUGCUGCUGCGGCACCGGCUUCGCUGGCGGCUGGACGACGUGGUCUCCUUCAAGCUCAACUCGCGCAGCCAGCGCACCGUCACCCGCCUGACGCCCGAGGGCCAGGAGCGCGCCAAGCGCUGGUGCGCCCUGGACUGGCACCUCUACCAGCACUUCAACCGCACCUUCUGGGCCUCAGUGCGCGCCGAGCUGGGCCCACGGCGACUGCGCUCCGAGGUGGCGAGGCUUCGGGCGCGGCGGCGUGAGCUGGAAGCCCUGUGCCUGCAGGACAGCGCGCCCAAGAACAAGACGCAGAUCACCGACCGCAGGCUGCAGCCGUUCCAGUCCGGGGAGGCCAGCAUCCUGGGCUACAACCUCAGGCAGGGCUUGGACAACGAGACGCUGCGCAUGUGUCAGCGGAUGGUCAUGCCCGAGCUCCAGUACAUGGCCCACUUGUACACCCUGCAGUUCCCCGAAAAGCCCCCCAAGGACAUCCCCUUCCUGAAGGCAUAGCCCCUCCGUUUGCUGCCCGUCCCUCUGCUGUCACGUUGGGAGGCCCUGGGCACGGCCUCAGGCUCAUAGCGCCCUGGGAUUACAGCUGCCCACUCCCAGUGUCCAGUGAGGAAAACGCCUGCAGGGGGAGCUCAUGUUGGACGCAGUCCCGGAAGAGAGCCUGUUUGUUGUUGGUGGGGAAGGACUGAGGGCGCCCUGCCUGGCAGGACAUGAUUCCUGGCUGCUUGGGGGCCCAGCGGUGAGAGUGGGAUGCACACAGUCAGUGUCUUAUGCCCUUCAAAACACGCGGUGCCCGGAGCGCUGGAGGAAUAGCUGCUCUCACAGCUCAGCCUGGAGGCUCAGCCUGGCCUGCCCGGUGCUGGGGGCCCUUCCUUUCCCCUCAGGGCCUCCAGCUCAGAGGACCUGGCAGCUGGGCUGGGCACCUGCAGCGGGUGCUCCUAUGUGUAGGUAUGUCCACACUUUUCAGGUGAAUCAGCAUUUCAAAGAAGGGGAGCCCCAAAUGAUCAGAACAGGAGGCAGCCGCUCCCUGGAACACUGGGAACUGAGGACGUGGCCGUUGCCUUCUCCCAGGAGGGGCAAACUUUUCCAAAGUGAUUUUUCAGCCACAGAGCAGGGUACACAACAAGCUUUCCUAGUACCAUGGCUUGUUAGGAGGACACCACACGGCGCUACCACCAGGUGACUUCAGCUCGUUAGGAAAACCUGGUCCAGUUAAGACAGGUCAGUGAGCCGGGGAAAGUAGAAGAGGAAAAUUGAGACAAAUAUUUAAAUGACCUAGCAGUUUACAGCCAGCUAGUAAAUCGCAAAAUCCUAUAUUCCUUGACCAACGACAGCUAAGAGUAAAUGGUUUACCCUUCUUCGUAAUCAGGGGGUAUACAGCUUAAAUGACUCCUCAGAGAGAUAGAUAACAGAAACCCAGUUAGUACAGUUCGUACCAACCACACCCAAGGAUAUGAAUUUGCCCGGCCUGGCGCGGUUCAGUGGUUGAACACUGACCUAUAAACCAGGAGAUUGUGGUUAGAUGCCCAGGUUGCAGGCUCGCUUCCCAGUGGGGGUUGUGCAGGAGGCAGCAGAUCAACGAUUCUCUCUCAUCGUUGAUGUUUCUAUCUCUCCCUCUGCCUUCCUCUCUGAAAUAAAAAAUAAAAGAAAUUAAUCUCAUUUUGGUACAUCA